AUGUCUCCGAUAAAAGGUCGAGUUCUUCUUGCUUAUUCUGGUGGUCUAGAUACCUCUUGCAUUCUCGCAUGGUUGUUGGAGCAACGCUAUGAAGUCAUAGCGUAUAUGGCAAACGUUGGCCAAGAAGAGGACUUCGAGGCCGCGAAAGAAAAAGCCUUGAAUAUUGGCGCAACCAAGGUUUACAUCGAGGAUUUACGUCGUGAAUUCGUUGAAGAAUUGAUUUUCCCCGCUAUCCAAGCCAAUGCUAUUUAUGAAAAUGUCUAUCUCUUGGGUACCUCGCUUUCACGACCGAUCAUAGCUAAAAGUCAGAUCGAGAUUGCCAUUAGGGAAAACUGCAAAUUUGUCUCUCAUGGUUGUACCGGAAAGGGUAACGACCAAGUUCGUUUUGAACUUGCAUACUACGCGUUAAAACCCGAUAUCGAGGUGAUCAGCCCCUGGAGAAUCCCUGAAUUUUAUGAACGCUUUCCUGGUCGUCAAGCACUCUUAGCCUAUGCUGCUGAGAAGAACAUUCCUGUUGUUCAAACGGUCAAAAAACCCUGGUCCACAGAUGAAAAUUUGUUCCAUAUCUCUUAUGAAGCUGGAAUACUAGAAGAUCCUUAUUGUACCCCUCCUAAGGAUAUGUGGAAAUUGACCGUGGAUCCUGAAGAUGCUCCCAACGUUCCUGAACGAAUUUCAAUUUCAUUUGAAAAAGGAAUACCUCAAAAAGUUGUAAACCAUGGUGAUGGUACAACUAUUACCGACCCUCUCGAAUUGUUCAUUUAUUUGAAUACUGUCGCUAGACGCAAUGGGAUCGGCAGAAUUGACAUCGUUGAAAAUCGUUUCAUUGGAAUCAAGAGUCGGGGUUGUUAUGAAACUCCCGGUGGCACAAUUUUGCGAGCUGCUCACAUCGAUUUAGAAGGUUUAGUUCUUGAUCGACAAGUGAGAGCUAUGAGGGAUCAAUUUAUUACCCCUCAAUUUUCUCAAAUUUUAUAUAACGGGCAAUACUUUUCUCCAGAAAGAGAGUUCCUUCUCGCAUCCCUUUUGGAAAGUCAAAAAACCGUUAACGGUGAAGUAAAAUUAAAACUAUAUAAAGGGAAUGUGGUCGUUGAAGGCCGAAGAUCCGACACAGUCAAAUUGUAUGAUAUGGAAGAAAGUUCAAUGGAUGUUCAAGGCGAUUUUAGUCCUGUCGAUUCUGAAGGGUUUAUCAAAAUUCUUGGAAUAAGACUGAAAAAAUGGGGAAAGAGUUCCCUCUAG